CUGGGCGGAGGAUCCGCCCCACGGACGUGGCAUCUCCUCCGAAGCGGUGCAGCCGCGGGAGAAGCGAAGGCAGAGCGCGGGCGGGCGCUGUCUGAGGAGCAGUAGAGCCCAUCAUCCGCGGGCGGAGGAGAGCCAUGGCGGCGGGAGUCCCUCUCUGGCUGCUGCCCGUGCUGCUCUUGGCGGGAUCGGGGCCCCUGGGCGCCUUCGAGCUUGACCGGGCCCGCUUGGAAGGCUUGGCUGGCGGGAAAGUGGAGAGUUGCCGAGGAUGACGACUGAACCGCCUGAAAGAGGUGAAGGCCUUCAUCACGGAAGACCUCCCUCUGUACCACAACCUGGUCAUGAAGCACCUGCCCGGAUCCGACCCUGAACUCGUGCUGCUCAAUUUCCAAUACAAAGAACUGGAGCGUAUCCCUCUCAGUGACAUGACCAGAGAAGAGAUCAACCGGCUGGUCCUAGAGCUGGGCUUCUACCGCAAGGAGGCGCCCGAUGCCCCUGUGCCCGAAGAGUAUAAGCUGUCACCAGCUCGACCAGCCACAGAGGCAACCAAGCCCAAGGCAGAGGGGAAAGGAGCUGCAGGCAAUGAACUGUAGAUGUGAGCUUUCUCAUUGGGCAGAGAGGGCACGACGUGGGCAUGGCAGGCAUAGGUCUGUUGUACCCACUGCAGGGGAACGGAAUGUCCAAAAAUGGCACUAUAGAAGAAGAAAAAGAAGUGCCAGGCCCUGAUGGUGGCAAAGAGAUACUUGAAAGUGCUAGAUGGUGCCCACUUUAAGAUGCCAAAAAGGGUGGCAUUAGUUCGAACUUCGCCUAUUCAACUCCGAUAGGAGCAGAAGACUACUAAGGGAUGAAAGGUAUCAGUCCACUGGCACUGUCCCAUUCUGCCCCCCUGCCACCUUGUUUGUAGAUCACUCCCAAAAUUGGUCACUCCCCUUCCCAAUUCCACAGCCAUGCCCUCGAAGAGGAGUUUGUUUGUAUCACCCAGGGCACACCUUUCUAAGAAUGAGUUGGCAUGUGUUUUCCCCGCUGCUGUGCUCUGCGUUCAUGGGACAGGAUGAAGCCCUCGGCCAAAAGCUCUUGGCGCCGAGGGUGGAUAGACAGUGUCCCAUCGGACACCAGAGCAUGGCAUGCUGGCAAACACAGGCAGGUUCCCCACACUCCAUUUGCUGUACACCAAAAGUCCUAAAUAAAGUCUAUUUUCAUCCA